GACGAACGUCGUUCAACACCCGUCAACGUUCGGACGAUGGCUGUACCAAGCCUGCUGGCCAAGACAUGUUGCGGUCUUAGGUAUAUCAUCCUGCCACUCCCUCAAACAUGAACCGUGAGUGCCCUGUCCUUGACUCUACCUCACUUCUCCAAAACCUCAAGUCAAGAUGCGUUUCUCAUUCGCCGCCGCCGCAACUGCGGCUCUCGCGCUCACCUCGCAGACCUCUGCCCUCAACAUUCUCCUCGGAAACGACGAUGGCUUUGCCAGCGCUCAGUUUACCGAGACCUACCGUCUCUUGACCGCUGCUGGUCACCGCGUGAUUGGUGUCUCCCAGGCCGACAACGAAUCCGGCCAGGGUGGUCGUGCGGUUUUCACAAACAACCGCUCCCUCCCCGUUGCCUCGGAAUACAACAUCCUCCCUGCUGGUUCCCCAUCGUUUGGCCGCGCGCCAUUCAACCCCAACAUCUUCUACUACAACGGCACUCCUGUCGCCUCUGCUGCUGUUGGCAUCGACUACGUGAUUCCCAACUUCACCAACUGGACCCACAUCGACCUGGUCGUCGCAGGCCCGAACUUUGGUACCAACCUUGGCCCGUUCCUCUGGACUCUUUCUGGUACCGCAGGUUACACUUACUUCUCUGUCGGCCGUGGCAUUCCUGCCAUCGCCUUCUCCGGCGGUAACAGCGAGCAGCGCAGCUACCAAUGGAUCAACCAGACCACACCAAGUGGCUACCCUGACCCGGCGACUAUCCAGGCCCAGCUUGCGGUGAACGUUGUCCAGACUCUUGUCAAUAACACACCUGCCGGCACCCCACUCCUUCCCCAGGGUUACGGUCUCUCUGUCAACACUCCCACCAUCAGCAGCUUGACGAACGCCUCUUGCGUCAACCCAACCUUCUACCAGACCCGUCUCACUGGUGGCGCGACCUACGACCAGGCUGUGUUCAACAACAACACCGGUCUUUUCAACUAUGCCAAUGUUGUUCCAGUCGGUGGUGGAAACACUUGCAUCAACGGCGACUGCUCCCUCCCGGGCGAGACGACCAUCCUCAACAUGGGCUGCUUCGCCUCCGUCUCUGUCUUCACUGUCGACUACGAUGCGCCCAAC